CAUCCAUAUGAACCACAACUUGUGUAGAAAAUAGUCCAAAGAGUAUAUCAUUUGGAGAAAGUAAAGACAUUAAAUCUGCAAGGCUCUUAUCUUUAGCAAUAAUUGUUGUUAAGAGAAAUGGCUUAUGCUGCUCUUUCUUCACUUAUGUAUACAUUAGAACAACUCUUCAAACCUAACCAAUCUUUCGUUUGUCGAAGUUGUACACAACAACAUGUCGAAUCUCUCCAAAAAAAUCUUUCUGCUCUGCAAGAUUUUCUUGACGAUACCACAAAGGAUAUUGAAACUCUUAAGUUAAUAGAAAAGAGGAUCAGAGAUGUAAUAUACAAAGCAGAAGAUAAAGUUGAUUCAACUCUAAGAAGCAUCAUUCUAGCUGAUUGCACAGAGAGUAGAGAAGGGGCUUGUAAGUUGUUUGAGGAAGAAUUGGUACUAGUGGAAAAAGAUGUUGAUUCUCUAAGGAAAGAGGUGAUGCAGAUGGAGUUUAACAAGCAUGGAACAAGAUAUGAAACAACUCCAUCCUCACCACAAAAAAGUAGUAUUGAUGAAGAAAAUACUAUUAUUGGGAUGGACGAUGAAUUCAACACCAUACUUGAUCGCCUCACUACCCAAACAAACGAGUUAACUGUCAUACCCAUUUUUGGUAUGGGCGGUAUCGGUAAGACAACUCUUGCCAAAAAAGUUUAUGAUGAUUCAUAUAUUCGCUCUCGAUUUGAUAAACAUGCAUGGGUUACUAUCUCUGAAGAUUUCAACCAGAGACAAAUGCUUCUUGAAGUUGCCUCUUCAAUUACCGGAAGCAAUCAAGAGAAGAGCGAUGAUCAACUAAUGGAGAUUGUCUAUAAAGGUCUCAAGGGUAGGAGAUUUCUAAUUGUCAUAGAUGAUAUUUGGAGUACUGAAGCAUGGGACCAAAUGCAAAGAAUAUUCCCAAAUGAUAAGAAUAAAAGCCGAAUUCUAUUAACCACUCGUCUCAAGUAUGUUGCCGAUAAUGUCAGCUGUCCUGAGUUUCCACCUCAUUGUAAGUCUUUUCUUAGUCUAGAUGAUAGUUGGAAUCUAUUCACCGAAAAAUUAUUCAAAAAAGAUUCAUGUCCUCGUCAACUUGUAAAACUUGGGAAGCACAUUGUACAACAAUGUCAAGGAUUACCUCUCUCAAUUAUUGUUGUCGCUGGACUUCUUGUGAAAAUGGACUUAACGCGUGACAACUGGAAGAAGGUUGAGGAAAAUCUGAAGUCAUUCUUUGGUACGGUGUCCGAACGGUGCCAAUCAAUUCUUUCUCUGAGCUACAAUUACUUGCCCCAAUAUUUGAGCGCUUGUUUUCUCUAUGUUGGAGGUUUUCCUGAAGAUACGGAGAUUGGUGUUUCCAAGUUGAUUAGGCUGUGGAUUGCUGAGCAAUUCAUAAAGGCAAGAAGCAAUAAAAGGUUAGAAGUGGUGGCAGAGGAGUAUCUACAAGAGUUAAUUGAUAGAAGUCUAAUUUUGGCUGGUAAACAAAGGGCUAAUGGAAGGAUGAGAAGUUGCAAAAUUCAUGAUCUUCUUCGCCAACUAUGCCUAAGUAAAGCUCAUACUGAAAAUGUUGUGCAUGUCAUGAAUGGGAAUGUUGUCGAAGCCAUAGAUGAUCAACGUCGAAUGAUCCUUCUGUCUGAAGUUGAAGAGAAGCAUGAUUAUUAUAGUAUGAUGCAACAUAGCAGUGAUAUAGUUCGCACCUUUAUUUCAAUGCAAGUAGAUUUUCCAACACAGAUUGUUUCACAGUUCAAGUUGCUUAAGGUAUUGGAUGUAUUAUCAAUUGAUUACGACUUCUCUAGUGUAAUAUCUGAGCUUGUACAAUUGAGAUAUGUUGCUGCAAGAAUUAGGGAAGCUGUUUCAGUAGCCAAAUUGAGAAAUCUACAAACCAUAAUUCUUCAAAGUCUUGAAAGGAAUGAGUUGAAGCAGGCAAUAGAUAUCUGGAGAAUGACAGAGCUAAGGCAUGUGGAUAUCAGAUCGCCACUAUAUAUAUCUAAUCCUCUUGAGGCAGAAAAUCCUUUGUUUCUGAAUAACUUGCAAACACUUUUUCUCCAUUAUUCACCUUUUGUUGCGGAAAUCAUCAGAAGAAUUCCCAAUCUAAAAAAGCUAAAGAUUGUAGAUGAUUCUGAGAAUCUUGAUUGGCCUGCUAUUCUUGAUUCUCUUAGUCUUAUACAGGAUCUGGAGACACUACACAUAAAAACCAUGAAAUGGAUGGUUUUCUCUGGGGAAAAUUUCCCUCCUAAUCUCAAGCAAUUGAAAUUAACGCAUACUUAUAUACCAUGGGAAGUUGUGGAAUUGCUCGCCAAUUUACCCAAUCUUGAGGUGCUCAAAGGGUAUCAUGCAUUCGAUGGCACAUACUGGAAAUUAGAUGAAGAUAUUGUGUUUCACAAUUUAAAAUAUCUACUACUGAGUGGGUGCUAUUAUCUCAAAAGGUGGGAAGCAGAACCUGCCAAUUUUCCGAAGCUUGAGCAACUAAUACUGGAUAAUUUUUCUGCUAUGAAGGAGAUUCCGGAGAGUAUUGGAGAAAUAAUGACACUAAAAUUCAUCCGAGUAAUAUGGUGCAGCUCCGGUGUAGAGAAAAGUGCAAGGAAGAUCCAAGAAGAGCAAGAAAGCUUUGGAAAUUAUGAUCUUCAACUUCAAAUUACUCCUAAGUUUUGGUGAUUGCGUAAAAGCAAUGGAAGAUGAAGAGAGACAAGGGUACUUGAAGGAAGCUGGUGAUGAUUAUAUAUUUCGACAUCUUCUCAAUUUGGUAAAGCAGAUAAAAUCGUCAUUUUAUAUUUGCUGGGAAGAUCUAGGGCUCUACAUAUACAGGGUUGGUUAAUGCCACUUUUAGCUAUCUCUGUGUUCUUGCUUACAACAUGACUUGAACCCUCGACCAAUAUAAUUAGUUAGAGGUGGAGGUGUUUCACCAACUGAUUUAUAGAGUUUGAAUUUCAAGAUUGUAGAAAAAACGAUUAGAAAUGUAGUAUACAAAGCAGAAGAUAGAGUUGAUUCCAAGAUUGUAGAAAAAACGAUUAGAAAUGUAGUAUACAAAGCAGAAGAUAGAGUUGAUUCCAGCAGAGGUGAAGUCAAAACUUGA